AUGGGUUCGGAGACGUUUCUGGAGAUCCUGCUGGCCAUCCUGCUGCCACCGCUCGGCGUCUUCCUCCGCUUCGGCAUCGGCGUGGAGUUCUGGAUCUGCCUGCUGCUCACCCUGCUCGGCUACAUCCCCGGCAUCAUCUACGCCGUCUUCGUCCUGGUUGCAUAG